AUGAGUUUGCAAGAAAAGUACAACAACACGGUCACAGUCACCGAGGACAAGGAGCCUGAACCCACCAAGAGGUUCAGAUGGAGAGUGGUCGACGACCACUCGCCCAAAGAGAUCUACAACUUCACCUUGUACUUCACCGUGUUCGUGUUCGGAAUUUUGGGUGCUGCCAGAGGCUACGACGAAGGUUGUAUUUCGGGUGCAACCAACCAGAAGUCGUUCAAGAAGUUGUUUGGGCUCUCGGACCCCAAAAAGGAUAAGCACCAGAUCGCAGACUUGAAGUCCAACAUCACCUCCAUGGUGCAAUUGGGCUCGGUUGGUGGUGCGCUUCUCGCCAUGUGGUCCGUCGACUACCUCGGUAGAGUCAGAGCCUUGCAAGAGGUGUGUGUUAUUUGGAUUGCCGGUGCCAUCAUCCAGAUCACCGCCAGAACCGUUGGCCAGUUGUACGUCGGAAGAUUGCUUGAAGGUUUCGCCAUUGGCCAGACCACCACCAUUGGUCCUACCUUCAUGUCGGAAGUGUCUCCUCCUGCCUACCGUGGAUUGUUCGGAUGUCUCUUCUCGGGUGCCGUCUACUUCGGAAUCUUCACUUCUUACGCUGCCAACUACGGCUCUGCUAAGCACAUCUCGUCUGACUCGCACAACCAGUGGAUCAUCCCAACCUCCAUGAAAAUCGCGUUGGCUGGCUUGGUGCUCAUCGGUUCCUUCUUCUGUGUCGAGUCCCCCAGAUGGUUGGUCAAGGUCAGAAAGAACGACAAGGCAUUGCAAAACUUGUGCAAGUUAAGACGUUUGCCCCCAGACCACCCAUACAUUGUUGGUGAAUUGAGUGACAUCAACGAAGCCGUUUUGGCCGAGAAGAUUGCCAACGAAGACUACUCCUUGUGGCAAAAAAUGAGAGACAUCUUCGUGGUCAAGUCCGUUAGAUACCGUUUCUUCAUGAUUGGUGCCAUGUCCCAGGUUUUGGGACAAUGGAGUGGUGCCAAUGCCAUCACCAUCUACGCCAACGACUUGUUCAGUUUCAUCGGAGUCAAGGGAAUCGAAACCAUGAAGAUGACCGUGAUUUUGGGUGUUGUCAAGUUCGUGGGUGCCUACUUCUCUGCCUUCUUCAUUAUCGAUUUCCUUGGUAGAAGAAAGGCCUUGUACAUCGGUAUCUCCCUCCAGAUGCUUACCAUCUUGUUCUUUGCCAUUUUCCUCCACAUUGUUCCACAAGCCACCGACCCAGACUCGGUUUUGACCAAGUCGCAAAAGGCUGCCAGUAAGGGUGCUAUGGCUGCAUUGUAUCUUUCUGGUGUUGGAUGGACCAUGGGUUUCAACUCGGUUCAAUACUUGUUGGGUUCGGAGAUCUUCCCCUUGGGUCUCCGUUCUUUCGGACAAUCGUUGAUCAUGGUGUUGCACUUUGCCAACCAGUUCGGUAACUCCAAGGCCGUGCCCAAGAUGUUGUUGGCCAUGGACAACUUCGGUGCCUUCUACUUCUUUACCACAGUCUGUGCCAUGGCUCUCUUCUGGUCCUGGUUCUUCAUCCCAGAAAUCUCGGGUAGAUCCCUUGAAAGUAUGGAAGAAGUGUUCAACUUGCCAUGGUACCUUAUCGGAAGAAGGGGUGCCACUUUGUGCCCAGAUACCUCCGAGGUCAACAAGAUCAACUACAACCGCAGAUACAGCAUCGAAGAGGUUCACAACGAAGGCAAGGACAAGCCAAGCCACGAGUUUGCCGAAAACGCUUCCAUCGAUAGUAAGGAAAACAAGGUCUAA